UGUAAUCAUCGAAAUGAUCUUUUUGGAAUUCAUAUACUUUAUAUAAACAAAAUCUCAAAAUCUUCUGGUGCUAGUAUUUUAAUAUCCUUACUAGAAUCUUUAUGAAAGAAGCAAAGUCUUCUUUUUUAGUUUCUGAUUGGUUAGCUUAAUUAAACAAUUUUGCUUGGAUGAUCAUGGGAAAUUUCCCCGAAUCAUAUGCAACUAAUCACUUUCUCGUUCAUAAGACAAGCUCUUUGCUGCGCAAUCAAAGUCCCAAAAUGCCACAUUCAAGAAGAAUUGGUGGGAACUAGCGGUAAACUAGUGUGAGCUGCGUCGGUGUUUUUUUUUUUCAUCCGCUGGAUGGCAAAAGUGCGGGCUCUGAGUACAUGAUUGUUUACAAUUUGAUCGGAACGCAAGAUGCCUCGAAACUUCUUUCCAAAAUUUCCUGAUAGUAUCAAAUCUAUGAAGAGACGAAUUUAUUUUAUUUGUGGCACGAUAAUAGCGUUACCUUUCGUCAGUGAAGCAAUCCAAACGGUGGAAAAAUAUGGUUUAAGCUUCAAUGCUUUCUGGUUUUUGUUACCUGCCUUUAUCAGAUUCAUUCUUAUUCAAGCUGUCGUGUUUAUUUUCUUAAAAUAUCUUCCAUAUAUUGAUUUUGUUAUGGGAACAUCUUUUAAGCAAUUUAUGGCACGAGUGUUUCCAUACGCCUGUGGACACAGAAGGCAUCUGGUAAAGUUCUUUUACCUUAGCAGUGGGAAGUUACUCAAAGAAAUUCUAGAUGAAAUCAUGUACAAAGUUUUUCCACCACCACCGCCAAAUGAAGAAUGCCAACAGUCGAGCAGCAAGGCUAUUUCCUUCUUUAAUAUUAUAGCAAAACAGCUGGGGAAAGUCAACAACACAUGUAUAUUUUCACACUUUUUUACAGGAAGUAUAAGUGAGGGAUAUGCCAUUCCAUUUCUACAGAGAGAGAAGAUCCCAAACCAGUUCAAUGGAUUGUGCUCUGAUUUUGAUGUUAUGAUUUGCUGUGAUUCGUAUCGUGCAUCAUUCAGUCAGAAAGGAAAUACAUAUAUCAAAAGCCUCAGUAAUAUUGGUCAAUUUGAUGAACCAUUGCUGCCUGUAUAUUGUCAGCUGCAUUUUCAAGACCCUGAUAAAGGAGGCAAAUUGCUUGACUUCAAUGAGCUCCUCAAGAAUCUUGAAAGCGCUGUUGAAACAUCUUCUAUCAGAGAUCUUGAUAUCAAAUUUAUGGACUCAUUGAUGACCAGGACAAGUAACAAUCAUGGUCCUUCAUUUAGGAUAAAAAUUGGUCCUCUUGGAAACGAAGUUUUUGAGGGUGACAUCACCCUAUGUGUCAAAUGUGAGGAGUGGCCUCCAUUAAGUAACUGGACAAGUCACACUGAUAGAUGGUGGCCAAGUGAAGACAAAGUGCGAAACAUUUUUUCAAAUGGUUUUCAUUUGGUUGCAUUGCCCCAAGAUUCAAACAAAUAUGGGAAAUGCACUUGGAGGUACUCCUUCUCCAUGGCAGAAGUUGAGUUAUCAAAGUUGGUCCCUAGCACUGCCAGAAAAUGCUUCUUGGCUCUUAAGAUAAUCCACAAGGAUCAUUUAAAACCAAUUUUACCUGAACUAUCUUCCUAUCACAUCAAGACAAUCUUUCUUAACACUCUUGAAAAGACAGAGGAACCAGAAAGGUUUUGGGUUGAUUAUAAUAUUGACAACUGUUUCCAAACUCUUCUACAGGAACUUCAUUAUUGUCUAACGACAGGACAUUGUAAUCAUUACUGGGUCGAUGGUGUGAAUCUGUUUGAUGAGAUACCUGAGAAGAAACGCAAGCAUCUGUUAACCUUGGCUGAUAAAGUAAACAACAUCAAGAGGAAUCCAUGUUUGUAUGUUGAAGAUAUUGGCUUGUAUGGUUACAUGAAGAUCAUGAUCAAGAAAAUUGGGUAUAUGAGGAUUUUAAUUCUAAUAGUAAGUUUUUUUAAAUUCUGCAAAUUUGCUUCUGUUCUAUAUGAUGAAGGACUAUGAAAAAGAAAGAUGACACAUGCCAGGGUUUGGAUUGACAUACAUAUAUACAGAAAUGCAUAACGUAAAGCCUUUUCAUGUAAGUGACUUAGUUGCUGUAUUUACCCAUCAUUGCAAAAUGUGCAAAUGAGAUUGACUGUAUCUGACUGUAUCCUAAAAUACAGUAAGAAUAUAAAAACUGGUUGAAAAACUAAAGCUAAAACCAAACUAGUAUUGAUUAUAAGCAAUAGAAAACAAAGGAUUUAUAAGAAUUCAGCAUGUACUUAGCUUUAUCAACGAUUACAUGAUGAGUUGUGGCUGCUGGGGCAGCCCCUCCCCCCCCCCCAGUUUUUUCGAAAAUUUAAUUUUGUUUCAUGAUAAAAGCUCGUUGUAUUUUCCUAUAAUGUAAUUCAUUAACAGUUAUAUCUACUGUAAAGUGAAAGCUAGAUGAUUAAAAAAGGAUUUCUUGAUCAC